AAUUAAAACUCUUAUCACAGAAUAUAGAGUGAUUAUUCAGUUUUGCAGAGAUGCCUUGGAAAAUCUGGAGUCUAUAAUGGAGCAGAUGGAAAAAAAACAAUAUAAGCAACACACAGAUCAUCAUGGUCAUGGUUAUUGGUCUUCUUCACAUACAAGCCAAUAACACAGAAACCAGAGACAUGUGUUACUCUUUAGAUCCGAAAAGGAUAGACGUAAGACUUGAGAAAUACAAUAUAAUACAAUAAAACAAUGUUAUGAUUCCUCAGUUUGCUGACUGUCAAAGUGACCUGAAGACAACAUUCCCUGGUCUGUAAAGAUUCCCAGAGAGGCCUUUAAUAAAUCACGACUGGAAAACAAUGGCAGGGCAUUACUGGGAGUUCUACAGCUCAAAAACAUGGGAAAUGUAUUUACAAUUAAAAACAAAAAAUACACAUUUUAAUAUUUUAAGGAAUGUUUAUACAAUAGUUCACCAAAACAUUUUCACAUAUCUUCACAUUUACACAAAUCCUUUUUUCAUCAUGACAGAAAUCUCUUGACAUCAGAAGAGCUGGACAUUACUACACCAUGUCAUAUUCACUACUAUUAUGAUGCUUCAAUACUGUUUUUUAUCCUCUUUGUGAAUAUGAAUUGUUGUUUGAAAAGAGUUUUAAUUGAAAUUUUAAUUUUGAAAAAUAAAAUGUAAGAAAUUUUACUUUUCUAAAGUAAAAGAAAAUUUAAGUGAAAAUAUAACAGCUUAAGAGACAUUUCUAUUCAAAAACUUUUCUUUUAACAAAUGUUUCUUGAUCUAUUGUAUUCACACAUGUUUAUAUUUGCUCUAUUUCUUAUUUAGGAUGAAACUCAUUGUUCAUUGUUUUGAACAAUGAGGUUUAUGGAAUAACGAUGAGGGCCAAAAUCUCCAACCUUACCAACAAUAUAGAAAUGUUGUUUAAACAGAAAGAUCUGGUUGGUGUGGCGUCCUGCAGUUCUUGGGAUGGAAAAGGAAAUCUUACAUGGACGACGUCCGGCUGUGAGACAGAAAAAGUCAACAAUAACACCAUAAAGUGCUCGUGUUCACAUCUGACGUUCUUUGCAGUGCUGAUGUCUCCUCCAGAUGUAAAUGCAAACAUCACAUAGCGCUGCUCAUGCAUUACUCUAUGCUGACUACAUUCACCUGGUUCUUCAUUCAAGCUCUUCAUAUGUACUUAUGGCUCAUCAGACAGAAUAUCACCAUCACAAACUACAUGAUGAAGAUCACCGUGUUCGGCUGGAGUGAGUUAUAUGGAGAAGCCACCAGUUACACUGUUG